UCCCUAACCAGCACAAUUCAACUGCGCAGUCGCAGCCCUGGUGAACCUUGCCUUACACAACUUCCCCGACUUAAACUGUUCGCGACCAAAAACACGACUUUAGUUUGUCAAAUUGGCCCCGAUGAACAUCAACAAUCUUCCGGUGGAGAUCCUGGAGCAGAUCUUCCAACUUCUUCCGGUUGACGAUCUCAAGUGCACUUCGGCGGUCUGUUUCACCUGGUCCCAGGUUGCCUUUUCAUGGCCAUGUAUGCAGAACGUUCAGCUGAAAGUGGCGGUGUCCUCGUUUGACGACGGAGUGGUACCGGAGGUUUUGGAGACAACCGGAAGAAGGUUUCGGCAUGUUUGUCUGAGGGUUGAUCGUCCGAUCAUUGAUCAACCCCAUAGGAUCGAGUUAAUAUCGGAGGUUUUGCUAAAGUUUGGAGAGUCACUUGAAAGUCUUCGCUUCAUCUGGGACGUCGAGGAUGAGAUGUUCGAUUUGAACUCGAUGCUGACCGUUUUGAGAUACGUUCCGGGCUUGAGAGAACUCACCGUGGAGGACUUUAUUGAUCGUCGCGACGAACUUGCGGCAGUGUUGCCAGCGAUUACUGUGGACUCUUUGGCGGGUUUGGAACGGGUCAAACUUCCGCACAGCCUGAUGGACAACGAGCAGUUCAAUUUGGCCGAGUUGGCUCCGAACCUGCUGCAUCUCAGUGCAGAGUUCAAAGGAAGAUAUCCCUGGGAGGCCAUUUGGUUGCUUUCCGGUCAACUGUACAGUCUCUCGAUACGCACCGAAACCGAGAACAACUUUCAACCACUGUGGCAGAUUGACCCCUCGUCACUGCGAAGACUUCGACUGUCGAGACUUUGUUGCGACUUGGGUGACAUCAACGACGUCAAGCUGGACGACGCCCGCUGUUUCUUCUUCCAGUGUACGGCGAUCACCGUGCUGAAGCUAGAGCUGCACGUUUCACUGGCUGUAAUUCGGGUAAUUGCGGAAAAUUGCUCUCUUCUGAGGGAGCUCCUAGUGUACGACGUUGACGAUGGGUGGCAGUUGCUGGUGAUCUUGCAACGGCUAGAACGUCUCACGAGUCUUACCGUAGCGGAGGCCAGCUUUGAGGGUGCAGAUUCGGACAUCUACCAGAUUCGUCUGCCAAAUCUGGUCGAGCUAGUCCUGGAUGCCAUCUACUUGGAGGAACCUACAAAAUUCUUCGUAGUUUUAGAUCAGAUCGUGCCAAAUCUUAAAUUUCUCCAAGUUUCCAACUAUAAUCGCUUCGACAGCGAUUCGUACAACUUGGACAUUCUAAAAUCGCUGUUUCGUGCAAAGUUGCAAUCGCUGGAUAGCCUGACAUUGUGCGAUUACACCUGUGCCUUUCCGUCACAUCUACUCAACUAUUUGAACUUGCUUCCGAAGUUGCAAGAGUUGGAACUGGCGUACUGCAGUUUGGCACCCUGGAGCCGAUCGGCGAUUGUACCCGGCAUCAAGAAGCUCACCGUGGAUACUCCGAUCACCAACUACCAGCUGCGAAAGCUGCUCAACGUUUUCCCGCUCGUCGCUCGCAUCGAGGUGCUCCAAGCGGAGGACAUUUCCGCCUACUCGCUGGAGGAGCUGAGCCGAAUCACCUCGCGGUGUGAUUUCUUCAUCCGUGAGGGCCGAUCAAACGAGUGAUUUUCAUCAGGUUUUGACACUAGUUUUUGUGAAAAAUAAAUUAUAGUUUUCAGACUUA